AUGACUUAUUCAAGAUUACUGAAAUGGGCAAGGACCAAGAGAAGAAGCACUCGUAAAGGUCCCAACUCUACCGUUUCCCUAAAAUCUCUUCCAAAAGACUUGUUAGUAAAGGUGGUUGCAACUGUGGCCUCACACUCCUUCACCAACCUUCUUGCCAUCAAACAGUGCUGCAAAGAGUUUCUAGAUGCCACUGAAGAUAGAUACGUCUUGCAAAGCGUUUCUUUGGACGCAUUCCCGUUAAUCCAGUGGCUUCCGAAUAACAAAGCAUCAUUUUUCUUAAAUCGCUGCAGGGAAAAUGAAAAUGUUGAAAGCUUGUACCGAGAAGGGCUGAGGAAAUAUUUUGGUAAUGCAAAUGGAAAGAUAGAUGGCCUUUGCAUCAUGAAUAAAGCUGCUCAAAAGGGUCACAAUGAAGCAAAAUAUGUGUGUGGUAUGAUUUCAUUAUGCUCUGGAGAUGAUGAGUUGAGAAAACAAGGACUUGAAUAUAUGCGUUUUCUGAGGAAGUCCAAGUGUGUCGUACGUUGCAGAAAAAAAGUUAAACAAUUAUUGGUCUCUUUGUGGAAAAAGCCUAGAAUGCUAAACCACAAUCUGAGUCCACUAUGCAAAUUCAAGAGCACAUGCAAAGGAUGGAGAGUGAAGACAGGUAGAUGGGUAUUACUAGAUGAUGAUGACGACGAUGACUUGGGCUUGUGUGAACAUUGUAGAUGGGACCAUGAGUUGAAAUUAUUUUAUCAUUUAUUCAAUGUUCAUUAG